CUUAUAACUGUUGCUUAAAGCCUCUCCCAAACCAACUUCAUUCUUAAAUCUCUUUUUUUUUUUUUCUUAUUUCUCUUUCUUUCCCUACCCCACCAAUGGAAAGUUCUCCUCCUCCUCCGUCGUCGGAGGGGCAUGGCACUGAUGCAGAGGCAGCGCCGCCGGUGGCCGUAGGGAGAGCCCUGGAGCUGCUCCAGAUGAACGACCCUGAUUUGAGGGUCCAAGCCGCUCGGGACAUCCGCCGCCUCACCAAAACCUCCCGCCGUUGCCGCCGCCACCUCCGUCAAGCUAUCGCUCCACUCGUCUCCAUGCUCCGAGUCGACUCGCCCGAGUCACAUGAACCCGCCCUUCUCGCCUUGCUUAACCUUGCCGUCCAAGACGAAAAGAAUAAAAUUAACAUUGUUGAAGCCGGUGCAUUAGAACCGAUAGUUAGUUUCCUCAAUUCUCAAAAUCCGAAUCUACAAGAGUAUGCAACUGCAUCUUUGCUCACUUUAUCUGCUGCUACAACCAACAGACCAAUAAUUAGUGCUUGUGGAGCCAUUCCUCUUCUUGUGAAGAUUCUUAGAGAUGGAAGCCAACAAGCUAAAGCUGAUGCGGUAAUGGCUCUGUCCAAUUUAUCAACACACCUUGAUAAUCUCAGCAUCAUUCUCGAAACAAAUCCAAUCCCUUUUAUAGUUAAUGUUCUUAAAACCUGUAAAAAAUCCUCAAAAGUAGCUGAAAAAUGCUCUGCUUUGAUGGAAUCCUUGGUGGGUUAUGACGAGGGAAGAACUGCAUUGACAUGUGAAGAAGGUGGGGUUCUUGCAGUUGUGGAAGUUCUUGAAAAUGGGAAUCUCCAAAGUAGGGAACAUGCUGUUGGAGCACUGUUGACAAUGUGCCAAAGUGAUAGAUGUAAAUAUAGGGAACCAAUUCUUAGAGAAGGUGUUAUUCCAGGACUUCUUGAGCUUACUGUUCAAGGAACGCCCAAGUCUCAGCCAAAGGCACAUACCCUUUUGCAGUUACUAAGAGAGUCUCCUCAUUCAAGACCUGAAAUUGAACCUGACACUCUCGAGAACAUAGUAUGCAACAUCAUAUCCCAGAUUGAUGGGGAUGAUCAACCUGAUAAAGCAAAGAAGAUGCUAGCUGAGAUGGUCCAAGUCAGCAUGGAACAGAGUUUGAAACAUUUACAACAAAGAGCUCUUGUAUGCACCCCAAGUGAUCUGGCUAUUACUAGUUGUGCUUCUCAACUUUCUUCAAAAUGAUAAAUUUUCUAUGGUGAGAAAGGAAGAAAACAAAAAAUUGAAAAUAGUACAUAAUAAAAGAUGCUAGUCCAGGCCAUAUUGGAGGGUAUCAAGUGACUGGUAAUUGUCAACAAACUGAAGUUGUAAGAGGAUAAGAGCAUGAUUUGUAGUUGGUUUGUAAAGAAACUGUUGUAUAUAAUGAUAUACAAGUAGUUGCCUAGUUGGUUUGUACAAUUCUUCCCCCUC